UGCUGUGCCAGGGACUCUGGAGACCUGGAGUGAGUGUGACAGCUGGGAGAGGUUGAUGAGGCUGGCUGCACAGUGGGCCAGGUAACUGCUGCUUUCUGGUGUGACUCUGUGGCCCGGUGGGUCUGGGGAGAGCAGGUGGGUUCAGAUACGAGACUGUCAGAUUGCCCAGGUGGAGCUCUGUGCCCCUACUCUCAUCUGUGUAAUUUCGGGAAAAGGGCCUGUUAGCUCUUGUGUCUCCCUCAUGUGGAAAUUGGAGAUUCUAGGUGCAGCCUCGGGAUUGCUGGGAAGAUGGAAUGAGUCCCUCUUCCAUAUUUCAGCUCAUCUAACAUGCUGUUCCGGGUGAGGCGUUCUCGAGUGUACUCCUGAGGGGACACAAUGAAUUCAGUAGGAUGUGCUGUUAAAUGUGAAACUUCUGGUUUCAGAGGUGUGGAAGUGGAAGGGAAAGGUGCACCUUACAGUCAGUGAAGUACGUGAUGCCUAGGACCUGGUACAUAACAAGCAUUCAGAACAUUUUCGCUGUUUUUAAAAAUUGGUGUUUUUCUGGAGCCUGGAAAGUGGCUGUGGCCACUAUCAAGUGCAGUCUAGAUAAAGGAACCCCAGGUUGUAAGGCACCUAAUGAACCAGGUGUAUUGAGGAGAGUGAAGGCAUGGGACUCCCAGCAGUGGAACUGUGGAAGCAGCAAGUUUGGGGAUUUGUAGAUGGAGCGUUUGCCUGACGGUUUUAGAUAAAGGCUUUUAAGAAGAGUGCAGUAAAUGAGCUAAGAGAAAAAUCUCUGUAAUGAUUUAGAGAGGCCACUUAAAUUGCCCAGAAUGCUUUAAAAUAAGUAUUCUGGAUUUAUCUGUGGUUUUCUUACGGCAUUCAUUAGUGAUUUAAAAAAAAAAAAAAGUGUCAGUAGGAAAAGGGAGAUUGACUUAUGCCAUUUCCAGGGGCAGGGGUAGGCAUUGACACUGUGAAGCCCUUCUGAAUGUGGGAAGGAAAGUUUUAAGGUUUGACAGUUUUGGGGUGACCGAACAUACAAACACAACCCGAAAGACGGAUAACGGAUUUGUGGAAACGCCACCACUUACAGAAGAAUUGGUCGAGGAUGUGAAUGAGCCGUUCACCAGCGAGAUGCCGACUACUAAUGAGCGUAGGAUGUCCAGCUGUGUCCCAGGUGCUGGCCUUGGGUUGCUUUCCGGAACACUAGGAAUGGUCAUUUCUGUUUUUCGGGACUUGAGGCUACGACGCUGAAGAGAAGCCUAUGUAAAUAAGCUGACAUCACUGCUGCCGUCCCUUCUGUUGGGAGACUCCCUGCUUCCCCGCGCCCCGAGGAGUGGACGACCCGUGUGGUCACUAUGAACGUGACCAGUUUGUUCUCCUUCACGAGUCCCGCCGUGAAGAGACUUCUCGGGUGGAAACAGGGCGACGAGGAAGAAAAAUGGGCAGAGAAAGCUGUGGAUGCCCUGGUGAAAAAACUGAAGAAGAAGAAGGGCGCCAUGGAGGAGCUGGAGAAGGCCUUGAGCUGCCCGGGACAGCCGAGUAGCUGUGUCACCAUCCCCCGCUCCCUGGACGGCCGGCUGCAGGUCUCCCACCGGAAGGGGCUGCCCCAUGUCAUCUACUGCCGGGUGUGGCGCUGGCCCGACCUCCAGAGCCACCACGAACUGAAGCCACUGGAAUGCUGUGAGUUUCCUUUUGGUUCCAAGCAGAAGGAGGUCUGCAUCAAUCCCUACCACUACAAGCGAGUGGAGAGCCCUGUUCUUCCUCCGGUGCUGGUUCCAAGACACAGCGAAUAUAAUCCUCAGCACAGCCUCUUAGCUCAGUUCCGCAACCUGGGACAGAACGAGCCUCACAUGCCACUCAACGCCACUUUCCCAGACUCGUUCCAGCAGCCCGGCAGCCACCCGUUUCCUCACUCUCCCAACAGCAGCUACCCCAACUCGCCCGGCGGCAGCAGCAGCACCUACCCUCACUCCCCCAGCAGCUCAGACCCAGGAAGCCCCUUCCAGAUGCCAGCCGAAACACCCCCACCUGCUUACCUGCCUCCCGAAGAUGCCAUGACCCAGGAUGGUUCCCAACCAAUGGACACAAAUAUGAUGGCACCUUCACUGCCCUCGGAUAUCAACAGAGGAGAUGUUCAUGUAGUUGCUUAUGAGGAACCAAAACACUGGUGCUCUAUUGUCUACUAUGAGCUCAACAACCGUGUGGGUGAGGCAUUCCAUGCCUCCUCCACGAGUGUGUUGGUGGAUGGUUUCACUGAUCCUUCCAACAAUAAGAACCGUUUCUGCCUUGGGCUGCUCUCCAAUGUUAACCGGAAUUCCACUAUUGAAAACACCAGGCGGCAUAUUGGAAAAGGAGUCCACCUUUACUACGUCGGAGGGGAGGUGUACGCCGAGUGCCUCAGUGACAGCAGCAUCUUUGUGCAGAGUCGGAACUGCAACUACCAUCACGGAUUUCACCCCACCACUGUGUGCAAGAUCCCUAGCGGGUGCAGCUUGAAAAUUUUUAAUAACCAAGAAUUUGCUCAGCUGUUGGCACAGUCUGUGAACCAUGGCUUCGAGACGGUCUACGAGCUGACGAAAAUGUGUACCAUACGCAUGAGCUUCGUCAAGGGCUGGGGAGCAGAAUACCAUCGCCAGGAUGUUACCAGCACCCCCUGCUGGAUUGAGAUACACCUGCACGGCCCCCUCCAGUGGCUGGAUAAAGUCCUGACUCAGAUGGGCCCACCUCACAACCCCAUCUCAUCCGUGUCUUAAACGGCCUCAGGCGCCUGCCCCUUGAAAACUGUUGAGCCUUGCAUGUACUUGAAGGAUGGAUGAGUCAGACACAUCUGAGAGCUGACAAAGGAGCCUUGAUCAUACUUGACCUCUGUGACCAACCGUCGGGUUCAGCAAUGUAAAAACCUUGGUAACAUGCUGUUGAUAUGGAGAACCUGUUUAGUUUACAUUGUAACAUUCUGUUGUAAAAUCAACUAAAAUGCAGACUCUUAGCAGGAAUUCGUGUAUGUAUAGUUACAGGCAAGAUGGCCACGCCAGGGACAAAUUAUCUACUACAAGAACAGGCCUAAGAGAUUGUUUUGUGUUUGGCACUUUAAGGUCAUCGUUUGGCAGAAGGUUAGCAUUAAUAGUCAUUCUGAAGUGUGUUUUUAUCAGGUUUUAGAGCCCGUGGGGAGUCGUCUUCUCAUGGGUUUUCGUAAUAUUUUAAAGCUAUUUGUUUAGUAAUGGUUUUUUUUGUUUGUUUUUUAAAGUAAAGGUUAAUCUUGAUGAUAUACAUAGUAAUCUUUUCUAAAAUCGUAUGCUGGCCAUCCUGCUGUCAGAAUAAUGUUAGGCAUAUGCUCUUUGCUAAAUAUGUAUGUACAGAGUAUUUGGAAGCUAAGAAUUGAUUAGACUAGUGAACUUGGGAGCAUUUGCGGGCUGGGGGGAAGGGAAAGGACAGCUGCAAGUGUAGAGUGUCCUGUCAACAUUCAGGUUGUUGUUUUGAAGAAACAAACUGAUGUCUGAAUUUUGCUGUGUUUCAGUUUUUAAAGAUUUUAUCCAACUCUUUUUUUUUUUUUUUUUUUGGCAUUCUUCUAUCCUCUCCGAAAAAGCAGUUAUGCAGCUGGUUAAUUCAUAUAACUGUGAGAGCAAAUGAAUGAUUCCUGCCAUUCUGAAAUCAACUGCCUAUGUGUUUCAAUACCAGUUGUCUGGAGUGCUUGAAUUUAAUAAGUGGUUUUUAUGGAGUUUACAGUACAGAAAUAGGCUUUAAUUUUCAAGUGAAUUGUUUGCCAAACCUAGUAACUCUGAAUAUUUGGAGAAUUAAAAAAAAAGACCCUUUCAAACUUUCUUAAUUUUUUUGUACUAUGUUUGGUUUUAUUUUUCUUCUGUUAAUCUUUUAUACUCACUUAUGCUCUCUUACAUUGAAUACUUUUAUUCCAAAACUAGUGGGUUUUCUCUACUGGAAAUUUUAAAUAAACCUAUCAUUAUUGCUUA